AUGCUGACAGAGGUUCUUCACUUAGACAAUACCGCCUACGGAGGAUUAUCACUCGAAUACCAGAUCCAGGAGUUGAUAAAGGGUCUUCCCAAAGAUCUGAAGAAGAAAGCCAACAGCCGUGGAGGGGAAAGCUCAUCCAGAGACCUCUGUGACCUCCACCGGUCUUUGAACCAUUAUCUGGUUGAUGAUAUUCUCCGCCUGAUCAAACGUGAGGUCACAUCUCAUUUCCGCCAACUGGACGCGUACCCAGAACUCAUCGAGGCAAUGGAGGCGGAGACUCUUCAUCGUCUUCGGGCGCUGAAAGGACUAUGGACCAAUCCAAGCCCCGAUGGCCCCGUUGCCCCAAAAGCAUGGCCAUACCAGAUCAACGGAUGCGCAGCCUGUAUACUAGCUCGGAUCGCCUCCGACAAAGACGCCCUCCGCAACUUGCGUAUCGUCAUCCAAAGCCGCACACGGACCUGCAAGAACCAUCGUCCGCGAGAACUGAAUCUCUUCGUCGAUCAUUGUAUCAACCGGUUUGACUCGGCCGAAGCGGAGGAAAUGCACAGCACGGCUAGUCAACUCGCGUUCGGCAUGAAGCGCGCUCGCAAAGCCUGCGUCAAGGCGUAUAUGCGUGAUCGAGAAGAUGAUCCCGAAAGACCAUCUAGGCAUCAUGCCAGAAGGCAUCGAGAUCCGAGUUUCGCUUCCACGACUGCUUCGAAGGAGAAUCUUGUCAUUGAACCCUCUUUAAUACCGUAUCCCCUCACUAUGUACCACCUCCAAGACAGCGGUGGAUCGCAAUCAUCAAGUGACUCAUGGGAUGAUUGUGACGAUAAUCGCCGUCGACGAUCAGAAGCUCCGAGUCCAGAAUCCCCGUGUUUCAAGCGCGCCGUUCGACAACCAGAUCACCUGGGUUCCAAGGUAAUCUUUCGCGAGAUCAAAUGGAGGAAUCUGGCAAAGAAGUCUGAGAAAGUCACCAUGUAUCAGAAACUCGCGGGGGAUAAUCCUUAUUCUCGAGCUACGCCGGUUCCAGAGGCCAUGGUUGAUGCGUUGGGGGUUCAAAAGGCUAGACGGUACUCUGAGUCUAGCUUGGCUUUAUUUCGGCCGACAGUGAGUGAUGACUCUGUCGAGAAAGAGAAUGCUAUGGCCUCUGGUUCUGUCAGCGAUUGGACGGAUGAUGAGUGUGAAGACUUGGGCUCGAAUGUUUCGACACGCAGGGACCCGGUUGCGACGGACACGACUCGGAGUUUAGUUUGUGGACACCACAAUUUCAUUUGA